AUGCCGUUUUUCGUGUUCGAGUACCAGGCAUUUUUGUGUUGGAUCUAUUCGACAAUACGGUUUUCUGAUUUCACAAGCGAAAUGGAACGACAUUUUCGCGAAAUGAAGGAGCACCACCGUACCCUUCUGUCAGCCCUGCCUCCACGUGGUGAGCCAUUCCUCUUGGCCGUUCUGCGAUUCUCCCAGAUAUGCGUCGAGUACGCGGCGCUGUGUGACGAAGAAGCAUUGCAGUGGUGUCGCCUAGCCUAUGCACGAAAAUUUGACAUAAAUCUAGAUUUAUUACCAGACCUUCCCCGGAAGAAGUCAUCGUCGACAAACACUACCCGAAGUGCAUCUUCGCUCAGCUCUUCAUCUUCAUCCUCAGAUGUCGAUGAAGUCUUAGCCAGACGAGACUCAGAACGUAUUGCCGCAAUGCUACAAGAUCUACGAAGUAAUAUCUCCGAGAUAGAACUCGGAAUGGCACUGAGCAUUGGUGACAGUACCGGCGAAAAACUGGUAUAUUAA